CUUCCCCGCGCCCCGCGCUCCGGCGCCGCGCCCCGCUCCCUUCCCCUGCAGACUCCGCUCCGGAUCUGCUCGGCUGCCUGAAAACUUUUUUUGGCCUUUUCGAUUUCCCCCCCCCCCCCCUUUUUUUUUUUUUUUUUUUUCCCUCUUAUUUUUUGUCGGAGUGGAUUCCCCUAAAACCAUCCAACAACUCUCUGCUGCUUCUGCGCCUUCUUCAUCCUUCGCCCAGAGGAAAGGCGAUGCCGGCAGCCCUUUGACUCUUUUCGGCCGCAACUUGGGAGACAGAUCUAUUUUUCCCCCUCCUCUUUGGGGUUUUUCUCCUUUUCCCUCUCUCCCUUCUCCUUCCGCAGCCACACGCUCUCAGUGCCGGGUGUCACAGUUUCAUGCGCUUUUCCUUUCCCUCCCGCACAGAGUGGCGAUGUGUAGCAAAGCGCUCCUAGCCCUUCUGGUUUAUGGCAUAAUAAUGCAUUGCAGCGUCUACUGCUCACCCGCCGUUGGACUCCAGUACCCGGCGCUCAGGCUGGAGGAGGAGGUGUACGACGAGGACGGGAACACCCUGCAGGACUUCGCCUACGAUCAGGAGCCACUGGGGGUGGCCGGGCCGCCGUCCGCGCUGGGCGAGGUGUACGCGCUGUACUACCCGCUGGGAAAGAGGCACGCCGAUGGGAUCUUCAGCAAAGCCUACAGGAAAGUCCUGGGCCAACUGUCCGCCAGGAAAUACCUUCACUCCCUGAUGGCCAAGCGGGUCGGCGGUGCCAGCAGCGGCCUGGGGGACGAGGCGGAACCGCUCAGCAAGCGGCACAUAGACGGCAUCUUCACGGACAGCUACAGCCGCUACCGGAAACAAAUGGCUGUCAAGAAAUACUUAGCGGCCGUCCUGGGGAAAAGGUAUAAACAAAGAGUUAAAAACAAAGGACGCCGAGUAGCGUAUUUGUAGCGAUGAGCAACCGCCGCUGCCGUGCGUAGUCCUGAGAGAGAGAGAGAGAGAGAUUGAGAGAGAGAGAGAGAGAGAGAGACCCAACCACCCAAACCCAAACAAAAGUCAUUUCCAAAGUGACGGAAAGACCGCCGCUCCCGUGUUCCCCAAACAUGUAUUUAUGUAUGAAGUAAAGCCAUUAAAUGAAUAUUUUGAUAAUAA